AUGUCCUCGACCGGGUCGGGCCGCGCCGCGCGAGCGCGCUCACUCCUCGCCCUGUUGCAGGAACGUGUUCACCGACAACCUCUUCCAGGCCGCCUUCCAGCAGGUAAGCGGGAGCUGCCCCGCCUCCGCCCCAGCCGGCCCCUCCCCGCCCCGCGCGCGCGCGCAGCCCCCUCACGCCCGCCCUCUGCCCCGCAGGCCCACACGGUGUACGUGCCGGCGACCGGGCCCGGGGCCGCGCAGCCUGCGCCGGGCCCCAACUGCUCCGGCCCCGGCGACGUGACCAUGAUCCGCACGGUCCAGUACAGAGAUGGAACUAACACACUCGGCAUAAUUUUCUUCUGCUUGGUCUUCGGCACCGUCUUGGGCCAUAUGGGCUCCAAGGCACACGCUGUCCUUGAUUUCUUCACCACACUGGACGAGGCAGUCAUGCGGAUUGUCGCUGGGGUCAUGCUGACACCGCUGGGUAUAGCCAGCGUGGUGUGCGGGAAAGUGUUGGCCGUGGCGGAUGUGGCGUUGAUGGCUCGGAUGCUGGGCUGGUUCGUGUUCACCGUCGCACUCGGAGUGAUGAUAUACCAGCUAAUCUUGAUGCAACUCAUCUACCUGGCUAUCCUACGCCGCAACCCGUUCCGCUUCUACUGGCAACUGGCACCGGCAACUCUGACGGCGUUUGCCACAGCGUCAACGGCGGCGGCGCUGCCCGUGACGCUGCGCUGCAUGGACCGCGACGCGCGCAUCGACCCCCGGGUGUCGCGCUUCGUGCUGCCCAUCGGCUGCACCAUCAACAUGGACGGCACUGCGCUCUUCGUGGCCGUGGCGUCGGGCUUCCUCGUGCAGCUCAGCGGCGUGUCCUUCUCCCUCGGCGACGCCAUCACGCUCUGUUUGGCGGCAACAGCUGCCAGUUUUUCCUCAGCCAGCGUGCCGAGUGCUGCGCUGGUACUCAUUUUUAUGGUUCUGGCUACCCUAGAUGCACCGCAGAGUGAUGUGCCACUUCUUUUUGCGGUCGAUUGGUUCGUAGACCGCGUGCGCACCACCAACAACAUGCUGGGCGACUGCUACGCGGCGGCGGUGUGCCGAUGUCGUCUGCAGGCUCUGGAUGUUCUCAAGCCUCGUGGUCGCUUGCCUCGUGACACGGCAGCGCUAUGGAGCGGAGAGCUCCUCGAUGUUAAUGGUCCAGUGGGAUCCCCGCCGGUGCUCGCCUACGCGGAUGAUCUGGCGCUGCUCGCCAUGACCCCAGACGAGCAACAGGCCCACCUUAACACGGCGGGAAAAGUCCUGCAGAGGCUAAACCUCAGAGUAAAGAUCGGAAAAUGCCAUAUUGAGUGGUCACGGUGUGUCCCGACGAGGUUUCACACCGGAGGAGCAGGUCUGCCGCAGGUUGAACUAGGCGACGAUGCCCGGAAUCUGCGACACCGUGAGACCUUCAACCUAGUUGAGUUCUGGGAUGGACUUAAAGAUCAAGAGGCAGUCACGGAUAUCAUUUCCUCGUCUGCCGAACUGAAC